ACCAGGAAUAUUGUUCUACCAGAAACCUUGGACAUACAGAGCAAACUGCACUGGACAGUUGUUUGCUCCAAUGGCAGCCAUACCAGAGGUGUGGAUCCCGGCAUUGUCCCUACUGCAGCUGGCCCACUGUGCUGUUACCUCCAGGCAUGUUCAAGGAGAGCCUGUGUUGUUGGAUGAGCAGUCAGCAACCUCCUACCUGUCGCGCACACUGCUUUAUAACAGCUGGGACUUUGAGCUGUUGGUGUCUGACGAUUUGGAGAGGGAGUGUAAGGAGGAGAUGUGCAGCCGUGAGGAGGCCAGAGAGGUGUUUGAGGACGACACUCAAACGGAGACAUUUUGGACCAGUUAUGUCAACAGUCAAGCGUAUGCUCCCAGAUUGGAUGUGUCGGGGCUGGUGGCAGGUAUCCUGGCUGUCCUAGUGUCUGCUGUUAUUGCCACUGUCCUGGGAAUAUACUUCUACAAAGCUAAAAAGAAGGAUGGCCAGACGUCAGCCCAAGCUCCAGUAAGGAUGGCAGCAGAUGGCCGUCCAGCCCCAGAGAUGGUGCCCCUUGCUGGGAUCACUGCUCCAGGUCUACCUAGCUACAAUGAGGCUCUGAACCGUAGUGGGCAGCAUGAUGCCCCACCACCACCUUAUUCAGGGGGUGCGCCAUCAGAGCCCGCUGAUCCUGGAGACAACGAAUAAGAGGGUUGACAGAGCUUCUUCAAAUGGCUAGUGGGAAAGAUUAAAGUCUACCCUUUUGUUUGUGUGUAUGUGUGCGUACACAUUGUGCUUAUGCACAAUGAAGUUAGGUCCCAGUCCAAUAAAUUACUCUUCUUAAAAGGAGGAAUGAGAUGUGGAGAGGGUGAGAAACAUGUUUUGCGGUUUCCCCUCACAAUUGUAUUGCAUUUGCAGGGUAGUUUUGAGUUGGGGGGAAAAAUGGAGAAUAAUGAUUUAAUACAAUAAA